GCGGGAUACCAACCGACGUAAUUGUGCACUGUAGCAAUCAAGACUUGUUUUAUUGUAUACCAUAAGCUUCGAUUGCGUCAUUAUGUUGAUAGCGGGUUAUAUGGUCGAUAACUAUUAGUCAAACUAUUUUGAAUUAUUCACUGAUCACCUAUGAAAGGAAUUAGUACUAAAUACUAGAAAGUCAUGGCAGAAGACAUUUCUGAUGAUUACUAUUUGGAACUGUCUGCUACACCUGUUCGUUUUGAAUCUGUUAGCAAGGUUACGAAUGUAUUUUUUGACGAUUCUAAUAAACAGGUAUUUGCAGUCCGCUCAGGUGGUGUUACAGGAGUAAUUGUCAAGGGUCCAACAGACCAGAUUACAACUAGUUUUCGCAUGGAAGAUAAGGGCCCCGUCCUUUCAAUCAAGUUUUCGCCUGACCAACAUGUUCUGGCAAUUCAAAGGACCAAGACUUCAGUGGAAUUUGUCAAUUUUACCACGGAUGGAGAAGGGUUGGAUUCAGUUGAGUAUUCUCAAAGUUGUAAAGGCAAGAACACUGUGAUUCUUGGUUUUGUCUGGACACAUAACAAUGAAAUUGUGUUUGUGACAGAUCAUGGUGUGGAGCUAUUCCAGGUGGUUCCUGAGAAGCACUGCCUGAAGGCCCUUAAGUCCCAUAGCCUGAGUGUCAAUUGGUUUGUGUUCUGCCCUCAGAACUGUCUUUUAUUGCUUUCCUCAGGGACUCUUGGUAACCAGAUGCAACCACUGUAUUUCAAACCUGGAAAUAUUAUUAAGCUUACAAAAUUUGAGAUUGAACUGGGAGUUGUUCCAAAGCCUGCCAAGUUAUGUUUGCUGGAAAGAGAUGUGACCCUGGCAACACUAUAUGGAUCCCCUAGCAUUGUGGUAUUGCGACACCAGCCACGUGGAGUUACUGGGCAAGGAGCAGAAAUUGUCAUUUAUACUAUACAGAAGAUGCUUACAGCUAAAAUGAGCCACAUUCUGAGGUUAGAUAUGAGUGGCCGAUUUGCAAUAAAUGUAAUUGAUAACCUCAUUGUAGUACAUCAUCAGGCUUCAAAGACUUCAAUGCUCUUCGAUAUCAACAUGGCAGGCGAAUCUGAUGGAUUUGUGACAUAUCACCAGCCUAUAGUUGGCAUGCAACCUAUCAAACCAUUCAGCUUGCGUUUACCUAUGGCAACAGGCAGUCAGAUGCUGGGAGAGCCAGCACACAUCAGUUGUGAACUUUAUUCUCCCAAUUGGGUUGUUUUCCAGCCAAAUAUUGUGAUCGAUGCAAAGAUUGGUUGUCUGUGGUAUGUUGGUCUUAGGUUGCAUCCAUUAGUUAAUCUCAUCCAAGAUAAAUGCUUGUUGGUGGAUUUCCUGCUCCAGAGGAAGGACUCUAAGCCUGUUAUCAUUCAGGUUCUUCAGAAAAUUUUAGAACCAUCAGAAAAAAAUCUAAGUCACAUAGUGGCCAUUGCAGAACUGUUUGACCAUCUCAAUGAUGUAUAUAGAAGUUUCUUGGAAGUUGAAAUGCAGAGUCAGAUGGGAACACCUGCAUCAAGUGGACUGAGUGUUUCUCCAGCUCGCCCUUCAGCUCCUGUAUUACCAAAGGCCCCAGUUGUAAUAGAUCAGUCAGACAUGUACACUAACGUAUUUUCUCGAUUUGCAGACCGUCAUACAAAAGAUGGUGACGUGGUUGGUGGAGGAAAGUUUGUAGUAUGGGUUCUACUGGAAUAUAUCCGGUCACUCACAGACUUCCAUAUACCAGUUCAGCAUUAUCUGCAUGAAUUGGUUAUCAACUCCCUAGUUCAACAUAAAGCUUAUUAUCAACUGCACCAGUUGCUUCAGUACCACGUUGUGUCUGACUCCAAGCCAUUGGCAUGCCUACUUUUAUCACUGGAAAAUCUAUACCCAGCUGCACAUCAGCUGGCACUUGACAUGUUAAAACGUUUGUCUACAGCCAAUGAGGAGAUCAUAGAAGUUCUGCUUUCCAAGCAACAAAUUCUGCCAGCACUCAGGUUUGUGCGCAGCGUUGGAGUUGUGGAUCAGGUCUCAGCACGAAAAUUUUUGGAAGCAGCAAAGUCUAUGGGAGAUUCAGCCAUAUUCUAUGCUGUUUUCAAAUUUUUUGAACAGAGGAACCAACGUCUCAAAGGCAGUACUGCAUUUAGCAAAGGUGAACACUGUGAGACGUAUGUGCAGUAUUACCAGACACUGUUCAAUAAUAAUGAUAACAAUGCAGCUUGUAACAUUUUAGAGAACUAAGAGAAUUCAACAGAAUGAAAGAACUUUAAUUUGAUAGGAAAGAAUGUAUGUAAAUUCUUUUCUUAAAUAAAACGCGGUUUCAUUCCUU